UCAGUAGCGGUUUCAUAUAUAAAGAGAUAUUUUCCAAAGUUGAGCAACUAUUGAGUUAAAGAAGACCACCAUGAACAAGUACAUUUUCGUCGCUUUUGCCCUAUUCGCUGUUAUCAACAGCGUGAGGUGCGACUCCAGCGAAGAAGUCAUCGACAGCGUCAAGUCCAAGCACGUCAAGAAGCUCCUCACCCAAAACAAAGAGCACCUCGACGAAGGCCUCGAAAAACUCGAAGAAAAAUGCCCCGGCGUCAGCGAAAAACUGAAAGCCGCCAUCAAGUCCUUCAUGGAAUGUGACGACAAAGUCGACGACUCCUUGACGAUUUGUCAAGCCAUCCAGAGCUACACCUUGAACUGCACCACACCCUUGCUCAAGGUGAUCGACGACUGUCUUCCCCAAAACGCCAAAGGUCUGCCCACUCUGGCUCUCAAGAGCGUGCUCUCCGUGGCCGAUUUCUUGUGCAAACAAACCGGAGAGUCGAUUUUCGAACUGGCGAAUCCGUGCUUGUGGGAAGAAUCAGAAGAAACUACCGAAAAUGAUGAGUGCGAACAGAAGAUAGAUGAGUUUGCUGAUAAAUAUGUAGGUAAAGACGACAUUCCUACACAGUCUGAAAUUUGCACUGUUGCCACCAGCCUGAGGAGCUGCAUCCAACGCGAUGUUGCCGCUACUUGUAAAAACCAGAAGACGAAAGAUGUCUCUAAUGGACUCUUCAACGCUUUGAUUGCUCCUUGUAGCAACAUCAAUGAAGUAUAAUGUUUGAAACCAUCUAUAAUUUGUAUAUACUUAUUUGAAAUAAAAUGGUUAAUACUU